ACGCCAACCCCUUCCUUCCUUCUCUCCCCAAUUCUCUCCAAACACAAUCCCUAUGGCCCCAAGGAAUCUCACACAUCCCCUUUCCCAUCCGAUACACAUUGUACGCACACAGCUUAGCGGAACGCGCAUGCCCUCACACACUCACUUCGCCCGGCACGCGCCGCUUACUUGGGAAAAGUGGCAAAGCCCGUCUUCAUUACAUCAAGGGUUCGACGAACCUCGUCUCGACCACAGUCCGUCUGGUUCCCUUAUUACGGUUUCCGUUGAGACAUGACAUGACGCCAAUGCCAGAAGCAAUUCCGGGUCAUGCUCUGGGUUUCUCUAGAAAUAAUAGUAUUAUUCUAUCCACUCGCCGUUUACUUCUCCUUUCCCGCUGCUCCCACCGCUGUACUUGCAAUCAUUCUCCUGCUGUUGCCGCCUUCUCUCCCCCAACUCCGAGGCCUACGCACUACCGCACAGCACAGCACAGCUUUCUCUUCCUUGCCUGACCUCUCGGUCUUGACGAGGCCAUAGCGGCAGUGUCUCUUUAUCAUCCUCUCCACUGCCUGCGGGGUUGAUUAUUACACAGACUCGGACAAGUUCCAUACCACUUUGAACUCCACAAUCACCCUCAGGAGAAUAUAUACCAUUCUGUCCCCUCGGCAUUACCUUGGAAUUUCUUCCCAUAAACCCCCCCGCAAACAAGUUGCCUUAAUGUUGAACUUCGCAGCUCGACCACUCAUGCAUCCUCACACCGCUCACCAUCCUCUGGAAGGGUUACAAUCCUACCAUCAUUCAACAUCUGUUUGUCCCAUCCCACCACGACGGUCCAACUCUUAUGAUUGGCAACGACCUAUCUCGGAGGCGUCUUGCAAACCUUCACAUCUGCCAUCACGAAUUCCUUCAACGUCUUUCGUGAAGCCGGGUCUUCAAACCCCCCCUCCAGAUAUGACCAAUGAGGGCGUGGGCCCAUUACUGCCCCCCAGUUAUGGUCAACUUCAGCAAUUCGAGCCUCAGGUUGGUCGUGGGUUACCUGGACCGUUGGAAAUAUUUAGGAUACCGAGCGAGGAUCCAUACCCAUCACUCCUCCCUUCCAAGAGAAGGGAGAGCCCACCAUCGUCGAGAAGAAAUUCAGUGGUUCAACAACAGCAGCGGUCACGGGAGGAGCAACCUGCCAGACGACGAAGAAGUUCCACUAGUGAUGCAAGUGCUUCAUUGACCGUCCCUUCCACUAUCAAUGGAUCAAAGGCAAAUUUGGCAGAGUUUGCAUCACAGAUCACUUGUUUUUUGUGGUUUGAGUCGUCAGCUGUGCUCCAGAGGGUAGCAGAGUCGACAGCUGCACCGAUUCCUCAGGCUCCUCUUGCAUCGGAUGCAAUCCCAAGCCUAGGAUUCCGUAAAUGGGUCACAACAAUCUUAUCAACUACCCAGGUGUCACAAAACGUCAUUCUACUAGCCUUACUAUUUAUAUACAGGUUGAAGAAACUCAAUCCUACGGUAAAGGGGAAACCAGGCAGUGAAUUCAGACUUCUUACUGUUGCGUUGAUGCUGGGGAAUAAGUUUUUGGAUGACAACACUUAUACCAAUAAGACGUGGGCGGAGGUUUCGGGAAUUGCGGUGCAGGAGAUUCAUGUGAUGGAGGUGGAAUUUUUAAGCAACAUGAGGUACAGCUUGUUUGUUGGGGAUGUGGAGUGGAGGGCAUGGCAUAAAACUCUUGGCAAGUUUGCGUCAUAUUGGGACAAGGCUUCGAGGGCGCCAGUCGAGGUAUCUUCUAGGGCACUGGCACCUCGUACACCUACCCUACCGUCGAUUCCCAGCUCUUUGCCUUCUCCGCCGGCGACUUCGUCCAAUGGGUCAUCCAGGUUGGUUUCUACAAUGCCGACACCAACCCCGGCAUUGCAUCAACUAUCGGUUCCUUCUCAACUCAUGCCAGCACAUUCUCCGAUUACCCCUAUGCCCCAACCCGACUUUCAGCCUUCCAGGAAAAGGUCCUUUGACCCCACAAUUAGCAUGCAGCCACCAACGAAACGGGUUACUCGUUCAAUGGCUCCUAAAAUAUCUAUUACUGUGCCACAGUAUUCUGCACAGAUACCCGCUCAUGCUCCGAGGUUGCCUGCCAAUAACUACCCUCCGGUCACUAGCCAGCCCCAGCAGCAAUCGCAGUCAUUACCAAUGAUGCCACUGAAUCAAUUACCCUUUCCCAACGCCGGGGGUCGUGCAAUGUCUACAGUGUAUUCUCAACCCACGCCUCAGAUAUCACCUGUUAGCACAGCUCCCAUGACUGUUUCUCCUUACAGCGCACAUUCUCGUACUGCUUCUCCUUACUCUCAACACCAGACUGUUCAUCACUCAGCUGCUUCCUCUCCAACCACCCCCGGUUUUGGGUCACAGCAAUCCCCGACAUGGGUACGAAACUCCCCAUACAGGCCUGUCCGCAGAGUUAACACCUUGCUGGUUCCACCUGCACCAAUGUCACCGGAAGGGAUGGGUGUGUCAUGGCAACGGAUGCAUUAUCAGCCAUUGGCCAAGACCAGAAGCGAGUAUAAAACCGGUGUUGUUCCAUAUCUUCAAACCGACUGGCCUCCCGUUUGGUCUAGUCCUACCCCCGACUUUCAUGUAUAAAUUAUCCCGUUUCCUUUUUAUUUUUUUAUUUAUUAUUAUUAUUAUUACUGGUAGUCUUAUGCACGUGGCAUGGAUGAGCGACUAUUGGUACUUGUGUAUCGCAUUUUAAAGUGGAUGGGGCGGCUUGCUUUUUUGUUUUAUUGCGCGGUUUCUUUUACUUGUUGACAGCCCAGUACAUACCAGGUUUCCUUUUACGAUUCAGAUGACAUUUCGGAGGAAUCAUUUUGAUAAGACGGUUCGGCUUGGGCAUAUGACAAACGUCAUUGUGGUCACCAACCCUGACUAUCGAUUGGCUCCAGUGUAUCAUUAUUCACUUUUUACACUUCAAGUCAUCGGCAAUUUUUAUAUUUUUAUUUUUUUUCCUAUUGGGUGUUUCUCAUUUUGGGCAUUGCAAGCAUGGGGAGUGGAGUUCGUUUUUUUUUCUGUAUUUUUUCCCCCAACAUCCUUUUUAUUUUUUUUAUCCUUUUUUUUACUUUCUCGUCCCUGGGAUACAUUUUCUUUCUGUUUUUUUUUCCUUGCAUGGAUCUCGUAAAAACCACAAACUGUAAGUUAAAAGUGGGGCAAGGUACGGCACAACGGGGUACACGGUACAUGGUAAAACAAGAAAGAAAGGGAAGGAAAAAGAAAGUCAAACAUUUUCGAACCACAUCAUUGGUGUUUUUUUUCUGCAAACCAUGAUGUGGUUCACACCC